AAAAAAGUUUUUUUGAACCAGGUUUGAGAUUUUUUUUUUUUCAACUUGAAAAAGGUAAAAAGCCCACACAUCCUUAUUCUCUCCCCGGGCACUGUCGACGGCGUUGAACAGCCGGUUUAUCAAGGCGAUAGUUUUCAAUAUAUUCUUGCUCCUCACUACUCUUUCUAAUUGCUCACCCUUUUGUUCUCUGUGAACGUUGUUAAUCAUCAUACCCCAGAACGCCGCCAAGAAUCGACAACGACAGCUCCUAGUUCUGAAACAGCAUAGCUAUUGAAGCUUGGAAACCGAACUCUACUUUUUCGUGCUUUGUUUGGCAGAAGGAAAAAUAAAAGAAAAAUCAAGAGAGACAGAAAAUGGAAGAAUCUCAAGAAAGAGAAGAGUGGACUCUUGUUGCAAGAAAACCAUAUUUUGGACUCCCAACUGCUUGCCCAAUUUGCUUGCCUGUCUACAUGUAUCUCAAAUUAGCUAGGUUUCCCUUUCGCUUGGAUUUCAAUUCCACUUAUCCAGAUUCAGAUCAAAUUCCUUACAUUGAAUCUGGUGUUUAUGUGGCCUAUAAUAAUGAGAGUGGCGGGGUUAUUCAACAUUUGAAGGAAGAUGGUAUUCUUAAUCUGGAUACUGAAUUCUGCUCCAUCCCAGAAUGGAUAUCAAUGGAAGCGAUGAUUAGCUCCUGGCUUGUAGAUGCAAUCACUUAUGAGCUCUGGUUGGGUUCUGAUGGAAGUUCUGCUUUCAAGAUUUAUUAUUCUGACCUUCCUUGGUUAAUAGGAAAGGUCUUAUUUGCCAAGCAAGAGUACACUGUUAAGCAGCGACUUGGGAUAACAAAAGAAAAUGCUGAACCAAGGGAAAAAGAGAUUUACAAGAGAGCAAAAAUUGCAUAUGGAGCUUUGUCAACCAGAUUAAGAGAACAGGAGUUUCUCUUUGAGGACAGGCCAUCAAGUUUGGAUGCAUUAUUCCUAGGGCAUGUGAUUUUCACCAUUCAAGCAUUACCUGAAGCAUCAGUUCUUCGGAGUUCACUUUUAGAGCAUGGUAAUCUCAUAAGAUACGCUGAAAAACAUAAAACUAAUUUCUUGGAUGCGGGUUCAUCGUCAUCUUCUGUCCCGCGGUUCCCAUCAGAUUCGUCAUCAUCGACUCCAAGAAGAGGUCCUUCAAAUUUUAGUUCAAAGCCUAAGAGAAAACCCAAGCAGGAAAAGACUGAAGAGGAGAAAACUUUCAAAAGAAGGGCAAAAUAUUUUUUGGCAACACAGGUGGUAGCUAUUUUACUUUUUCUCUCUGUCAUGGGUGGAUAUGACUUUUCGGAAGUGGAUGUUGGUGAUAACGAUGAAGGCUAUGGUUAUGACUGAGAAGAAAUUAAUUUGUUUGCUGAGAUUUCUGCUGUGAUGCCCUGAUCUUCAGCCGGAUCCAACAGCUGCUUCAGGUAUGGUAAAUCCAUCAAUCUGCAUUGUUCAGCUGAUGGACCCUUUGAACAACUGCAUUGAGAAAAGCGGUAAACGUGAUUGGCUGUUACUGUUUUAAACUAAAAAGACCACUUUACUGUUUUUUUUUAACACACAAAUAUAAUUAUUCAAUAAAUGUAAUUAUUUUAUUCAACUUAUAUUUUAUUAUUUAAUUUUGUUUAUUUUAAUUCUGAAAUACAUAAAAAUUAUGUAUUUAUUCAAAUAAUAAAAUAAAUGAUUUUAUAUCAUAAAUUAAUUACAUUAUUUAUUUAGUAGUAAAAUAAAUUAUAUAAAUAUGCUCUUUUUAGUCAAUUUAUAUGUCAACAACUGUAGUUAUAUAAAAUUUUACCAAAUACUUAAUUUAUUUAAAUCCUUAUCUGCUAUUACUAUUAAAAUAUAAGUCUAAAACAUGGUCCAACACUCUAAAAUUUAAAAGAUAAAAUAUGGUCAGAAUACAAGUCCAAACAAAACCAAAAUAAAGCAAGUAUUUAAAUAAUAAAACAUAGCAAGCCCAUCAUGACAAAACUGAAUCUUUACCAAAAACCUUUGUUUAGUUAUGGCCCGUAGGUUUGAUUAGGUUCCCUAAACCUAUGAUUGCAAGUGUUGCACCAAAUCUGCCCCAAAUGAGUUGAAACACGCCUUAAAUGUAUAUGGAUCAUAUGAAUAUGAUUUUGAACUCCUUUUAAAUUCAUUUGAAUGAUAUAAGUUUGCUCCACACUAUUGUUGGAAAUUUGCCCUAUUAGAUCCGUAUCACAACCCCUCUUCAAUUGAGAGGUUUAGAUGACAUGUGGUUGCUGCGCAAGGUGGGCAGUAUUUUUUGCAUUUCUGCUGUAGGUCCUGUUGUCCCAAGGCAUGAACAAGUGUUUGGACGAAACACAACUAUAAGGGAAGAAGACCAGCAACCAACAGUAGCUGAACAGACUGCAGCAGCUCAUCUUGACAGAAUUGAAGCCAGAAUGGCACAUAUGGAGAGCAUGCUGCAAUUGCUGGUGCAGCACCUGCUGCCAGCUAAACACAGAGGCACCUAGUUUGGCCAGCUGUUUGCCCAAACAGCUGCCCAAACAACCACACUAGGGGGAGUAACUCAAUUUCUCUUUUACUUUAAUAUUUUCAUUGCAUUGAGGACAAUGCAUAAAAUAAGUGUGGGGGUGCAAAUAUGAAUUUUCUAAAUUUUAAUGUUCUUUUUUAGAAUGUUGUUUUUAAGUAGUUUUGAUUCUUUUUUAGUCUUAGAUUUCUUUUUAAGUUCAUAUAAUUUUUGCCUUAAAAAUUUUUUUUUCCCACAUAUUUGAAAUCCUUUCACACACAUACACACACAUGUUCAUAUAGCCACAUUUUUUUUUGUAUGCUUUACUCAAACACUAUAGGCUAUGUUGAAUGAGCUUUCUUUCCAUGACCCCAUUGAUGUGAUAACUCUUUAAAUCUAAGUUGAAUCAAUUACAAUGAGUUAUAUUUAUUUUUGGGAAUUUCUUUUUGAAUUGAAUCUGAGCUUACUAUGGUGAAAGAUGUAUGUCAUUACUCAUUAGAGAGAAUAAUGAAAAAGUGAAAAAUGUGUGAAUAAGGAAAUAUGACUUAUUUUAGCAAUUGGUGUUUGAUUUGCCCAAAUUAUUGUGAAAAAGAAAAA